CGUUCACUAUUUCGUACUUAAUUUUUGAGCUGCGCUCCUUUGAUUCUCAUUCUCUCAUUAAUAUCCCCGUUUGAAACGGUACAUUUUUUGUAAUUUACCUAUUUUAUUUACGAAGUCAAGAUGAAGUUCACGUCAGGCCCCCUUUUCGCUACUUUGGCGUUGACCGCCUACCUUCCCAGCAUCCUUGCUGCAGAAGGAUUUGCCCCGAGCCAGCGCUCCAUCGCCGUCUUCAGGCGUGGCGAGUUGGCUAACAAUGCUACCGCCGCUGCCAACGGUACCGAGGUCGCUGAUGCCGGUAAAGCCGAAGAGAACAAGGAUGGAGAGAACGUUGACGAGAAUGCCGAGGAGCAGCAGAAUGCUGAGGAGCAACAAAAGGCUGAGGAGCAACAGAAGGCUGAGGAGGAGCAGAAACAAAAUGAGAACCAGAACAACAACAAAAACAACAACAACAAGGAUCUCCAGCAGGAGCUCGGCAAUCUCGAGAACCUCAAUGGAAUCAACAUUGACCCUAACAACCUAGAGGGCAGUCUCCAACAAAACAUUGGGAACCUCAUGCUCGGCCUCGGUAUCUGCAACUUCAACAUCGGUAGCAUCGGUAACAUCGGUGUUGGCAACCAGAUUCAGCUCCUCCUCCAACUUCAACAGCUCCAGCAACUCCAGCAGCUCGGCCUCGUCAACUCUUUCUCCAUUCAGCAACUCCUGCAACAGGAGCUUCUCCUCGGCCAGUUCAACCUCAACAUCUUCAAGCGAACCAUCAGCGCAACCAUCAAGCAGGCCGCUCGUGCGAACAAGCGCACUGUCAUGACCAAGAGGGAGUGCAAGGCCAAGGGCAAGGGUAACUAAGAUACCAUGAGUCCAAGACACUCAUCAUUGUGAGGGAUCGUCGGGUAGUAUAUGUCGAGUAUAUGUUGAAUAUACUCCAGGGAUAAUAGGUCAUCAUUAGGAGUUUGUCGAGGACUGCAAUUUGCAGUCUGCUGGUCAUUGUAAUCUAGGCAUACCUACCAAUGAAAGCUCUUCCGCACUGGGGGCAGCACAGGUAGAAAAAUCAACGGGUCAUCUUGUCAACAA